AUGCCGGUUGCCGCUUCCGCCAUAUACUUCCUCAACCUCCGCGGAGACGUUCUCAUCAACCGCCUAUAUCGCGACGAUGUCGGGGGAAAUAUGGUGGAUGCUUUUAGGACUCAUAUUAUGCAAACGAAGGAGCUUGGCACUUGCCCUGUAAGGCAGAUUGGUGGAUGCUCUUUCUUUUACAUGAGGAUCGGCAAUGUCUACAUUGUCAUUGUUGUCAGCAAUAACGCCAAUGUGGCUUGCGCUUUCAAGUUCGUUGUUGAGGCUGUUGCACUCUUCCGAUCUUAUUUUGGUGGAGCUUUUGAUGAGGAUGCAAUUCGCAAUAACUUUGUACUCAUUUAUGAGCUCCUUGAUGAAAUUAUGGACUUUGGUUACCCACAAAAUCUUUCACCAGAGAUCUUGAAGCUUUAUAUCACCCAGGAAGGAGUGCGUUCCCCAUUUUUAUCCAAGCUCACAGACAGACCUGUUCCAAAUGCAACUUUACAAGUUACCGGUGCUGUUGGUUGGCGGAGAGAAGGUCUUGUGUACAGAAAGAAUGAGGUCUUUCUGGAUAUUGUGGAAAGUGUAAAUCUUCUUAUGUCUUCGAAAGGUAGUGUUCUGCGUUGUGAUGUCACUGGGAAGAUUCUUAUGAAAUGCUUUCUUUCUGGAAUGCCCGAUUUAAAGUUGGGUUUGAAUGACAAGAUUGGUCUUGAGAAAGAAGCACAACUUAAAUCCCGUCCUACUAAAAGUGGUAAAAGUAUCGAGCUUGAUGAUGUCACUUUUCAUCAAUGUGUAAAUUUGACAAGGUUCAACUCAGAGAAGACAGUCAGUUUUGUACCACCUGAUGGUGAAUUUGAACUAAUGAAGUAUCGUAUAACUGAGGGAGUUAAUCUUCCCUUCAAAGUAUUGCCUACCAUCAAGGAACUUGGUCGAUCACGGAUAGAAGUGAACGUUAAGGUAAAGAGUGUGUUUGGUGCAAAAAUGUUUGCACUUGGGGUUGUAGUCAAGAUUCCUGUGCCAAAACAAACAGCAAAAACAAAUUUCACCGUUACAUCUGGCCGAGCAAAAUACAAUGCCUCUAUCGACUCUUUGGUUUGGAAGAUUAGAAAGUUCCCUGGGCAAACUGAGUCAACCUUAAAUGCAGAGGUUGAACUUAUUUCGACAACAACAGAAAAGAAAUCUUGGACUAGACCACCAAUUCAGAUGGAGUUUCAGGUUCCCAUGUUCACAGCAUCUGGUUUACGUGUCCGUUUCCUCAAGGUGUGGGAGAAGAGCGGGUACAAUACCGUUGAGUGGGUUCGUUAUAUUACAAAAGCAGGAUCUUACGAGAUUAGGUGCUAG